AUGUCGCAACCAGAGUUUGUUUCUGAGACCGCCAAGAGAUCGUGGUUCCACCAAUUAAAACUUUCAUCGUCUCCCUUCGCAUCUCCUCAUAUAUCUCUUAUCUUCAGGGAAUCUGUUUUGUCUGGUCUCUGUGUCUGUUCAUCUACUAUUGCUCGCGGCAACCAGAGAGAACGAGACCGUGAAAGAGCUCAAGCUAGGGGUAAUCACAAGCCUAAGCAACCUAAGAACGAUGGAUUAACCCCUGAACAACGCCGCGAAAGAGAUGCGAGAGCACUGCAAGAGAAGGCUGCCAGAAAGGCAGGACAAUCAAUGGGAGAAGGGAACCAUGACCAUUUCCUUUGCGUUGGAGGUAAAAUCAAGAAUUAAGAAGCGAUACAUGUGGGUUUGAUCAUCUGAGUCGAUUUUAUUUUAUAUUGUGAUUAUUAAUUAUUGCCGGUUUGCGUCCAUGGUUAACCAGUGGUUACUGGAAAAAUUCCAUAAAUGAAAAUAUGUAAUUCUUCAUUGAAUACAUGUCUUUCUUGUUGAACACAUGUGUUUUUUUCCUUGAACAUAUAUGAUUAUUUUACACUGACAUAUUUUGGUAUC